AUGACCAACACAACUCAAAAACACCACCAACACCAUAAUCACCAACAACAAGAGAAUCCUUGGGCAUGGGCAGACACAUGGGCAAAAUGCAUAGCCGCAAGAAUCCAAAGUGAAAUCAUCGAUAAAAAAAUCGCAAUUCCCCCCUUAACACUUCCACUGAACAAAAUUCUGGCCCCCACCAAGAAUCCCAAUUUGCAAAAGCCGAUUAAGACCCCGCAAAAUGCAUACAUUUUGUACAGGAAAGAGGCACAGAAUAUAAUUCAGCGGACAAACCCAAAAGUGGACUUUAUUGAUAUUUCACGAUUUGCUGGCGAACGUUGGAGAAACGAGACAAAAGAAGUUCGUUAUUUCUUUUCGGUGUUGGCUGGUGUUUCGGAACUUGUGCAUGAUGAUAUGGUACGCGCAUCUGGAAAUAAGGCUGCAGUGCUGAGAAAUGGCAUCUCAAUUGAAGAGCAACUUUGGCGACGACCUACAAGCUUGCCGCAAUUCUUUAUGCCUGAUGAUAAAAGUAAAAAUCAGGGUGGUUACUCUCCCACGGGUGGAUUUUCCGUUUUCAAAUUGAAUGAGGAAAUUGUUAGUCCAACAUCGCCCACAAUGAACAAUCAGCACUAUGAGCCUCUUCCAAGCCCAACUUCGCCUCUUUCUCCGCAGCAAAUACCAUCACCCAAUUCGGCCUUUAAACUUAUAAAAACCUCGCAAAGAACAAUCAGAAAUUUGCUUAAUAAACAAUCAUUUCAUCCAUAUUCCAACAAAAAGAGAAUUCCAAUUAGACCGACUGCUUACGGUGCCGUCGCAUAG